AUGGUGAAGCUUGGGAAAUCGUCAAAGCGGACGCCAGUUCGGCUCCGGAAUAAGAUCGAAAAAGCUAGCGCUGCAAAGCAGAGAAAAGAGCGAAAGCUCGCCAAAAAAAACCCUCAAUGGCGGUCAAAACUGAAGAAAGACCCCGGCAUUCCAAAUUUAUUCCCCUAUAAAGAUAGGCUUCUGCAAGAGAUUGAAGAGAAGAGAAGGCUAAAGGCAGAAGAGGCGACAAGGCUGCGCGAGGACGCAAAGCUACGACGCCAGGCGCAAAAUACAGAAGAGACUGCUGAUGUUGACAUAACGGAAAAUGCUGACCUUAUUGACGAUGAUGAUGACCUGGUGGACGAUGAUGACAUGGAUGUCGAGGGAGAGGAAUCAAACCCUAUGGCUGCGCUUUUAGCUUCUGCAAAGGCUCGCGCUGCUGAAUAUGCGGAACAACAUGAUGACGACGCAAUGGUGGAUGACGAUGAAGAUGGUGGGGUUACCUUUGAAGAUUCAGCAGUGCCAACUACGAAAGAGAGCUCCCGUCGAGCAUUCGAUAAAGCCUUCAAGGAAGUCAUUGAUAGAGCCGACGUCGUACUGUACGUUCUUGAUGCCCGAGACCCUGAAGGAACCCGGUCCAAAGAAGUGGAACGGGAGAUUAUGGCUGCCGACCAUGGAUCAAAGCGACUUAUUCUCAUCUUGAACAAGAUUGACCUUGUACCUCCGCCGGUUCUGAAGGGAUGGCUGGUGCAUCUACGGCGCUAUUUCCCUACUCUUCCUCUACGGGCGUCCACCGGAGCCCCCAAUGCACAUACCUUUGACCACAAACAGUUAACGGUCAAGGGGACCUCUGAAACACUCUUUAAGGCCUUAAAGGCAUAUGCACACGACAAACAGCUCAAACGAGCCGUGUCUGUUGGUGUCAUCGGAUACCCGAACGUGGGCAAAUCUUCAGUUAUCAACUCGUUGACAAGCCGUGUCACCAGAGGCAAUGCCAACGUAUGCCCCGUCGGUGCAGAGGCCGGAGUCACUACAAGCCUUCGCGAAGUAAAAUUGGACAGCAAGCUUAAAGUCAUCGAUUCCCCAGGAAUUGUUUUCCCCAAUUCCGAAAAGUCCAAGUCAUCAGAGUCUCGAAAGAUAAACGAACAGGCUCGCCUCAUCCUUCUUAAUGCCAUACCGCCAAAACAGAUCUCCGACCCUGUUCCCGCAGUCACGCUUUUAUUGAAGAGGCUAUCUUCAUCUGAAGCUCUGCUUUCAAAGAUGCUUGACUUCUACGGCAUUCCUCCUCUUUUCCCUACCAACGGUGAUAAGACGACCGAUUUCCUUAUCCAGGUUGCUCGUCGAAGAGGCAGGUUGGGAAGAGGCGGUGCACCCAAUAUCAACAGCGCAGCUACGACUGUUAUAACUGACUGGAGAGACGGACGUAUCCAGGGAUGGCUUGAAGCCCCUGCCUUGCCCGUGUCUACUGGCGUGGAAGACAAGUUAACCGCUGAGGGAGAAGCCGGUGGACCGGCUGCAGAUACGAAGCAAAUAGUGACGGAAUGGGCGAAGGAGUUCAAACUUGAGGGUCUAUGGGGAGAUGAUGCUGCUCAGGAGGAUAACGACGAGCAGAUGAAAGAAUAA